AUGGCGGAGUUGGUCCGUCCCAAAAAACCGAAACAUCGGGAGCGACCCCAAAGUGAUGAUGCACCGAGGAUUCCGGAUCGUCCGGUGAUGGUAAAUGGGAUGCGGUUGCCAGUGGCUCCUUCGCAUUCUAUCCAGCAUCAACGGGAUCGAUCAGCAUCUCCAGAACCAGAAGAACAGGUACUCAGUGAUACCGGCGAAUCGAUAAAUCCCGAGAAAGAAAACGGUAGUAUUCAAGAUGUGAGGAGCAGUCCCGUUCGUCCAGCGCCACCUCCUCCAAGAGCAAUAUCACAAGAACGAGAAGCACCUCCGAUUCCUGCCCGAAACCUAGUGUUUCCUAGAAGCACGAGUAUGGUCGCAGAGUCUACCAGAGAGCCAACUCCAGUGGUGCUCCCGAAAAGAAGUGUAGCGGUGGCGCCAUAUCCAACCGUCCCUGAAUUGGCAGAACUUCCUUCAUACACAGCUGCACUUAAGCAUCCUCAAGUCUAUCCAGCUGUAGACGGUGGACAGUUACACCAUUCUCGUUCUGCUGCUGCCAUCCCGGAAAAAACCCGCUUCUCGGCUCCAGUGGCACAAGAGCGUGUACGAGAAGGCGAAGCUCCUCCAAUGUAUCCAUCGAUCAACACAUAUGAGAGAAAUGAGCAUGGACUGAUGACCGAGGAGAAUUUAGUCACAUUCUACCAUAAUCCACUCUAUGAACACGCCGAGAUAUUUGUGGAUCAAUUCAUUAAAGCAGAAGUUGUCCCCAAUCAAUCAGGAUCUUUGUUUCCACUGCUAGCAAGACUGAAAUCCGUUUGCGACUUGAUGACUGUAAGUGAAGUGAAAGGAAAAGAAAACACAGAAGAAUUGCAAAAAUGCCUGCGAGAGUGUUGGGUCCAACAAACAAUGUCAGUUGAAGCGAAAGGAAAGUGUGGAGACAAUAACGAUGGGACAGGAAGAGCCUCUUAUUUCUCUUACGAAUUACAACAAUCAGUGUUGGAUCAGAUGAAGAGACUUCUCUCGACGAAUCGAACGAAUCUGUUGGAUCAUACGCUUUGUGAGGAGACUUCAUUUCGAUCGCUAGCUCUGCAAAUUCAAUGGCAGAUUAUAAUAAUUAAUAACAAUUUUAUGGCAGAGAACGGGUUGACCACCAAUUGCCCACCGAGUUUGGUUGCAACUGGUCCAAUGACUCCAGGAAGAACAGCUAUUCGGACUGCACUGUCUGAUAUUUUCUAUCAUCUUCGUUAUCCGCGUCUAUCCAAACGAUUCAUUGACACGCUUUUUGGAUGGAUUAAAGAAUUGACUUGCAUAUUGAACAUGCGCCAGUCUUGCGAUGAUGGUAUUUUCCUGCUAUGCCAUCUUCUCCGACUGCCUUCCCCUAUCGAUCAUUGGGCACCGCCGUUUGUACAAACCUUCAUCCAAUCCCAAUCUCCUCCUCGGCUCAAACUCGACUACUGUGUUGCACUUCUCACCCAUCUUUUGAAUCCAAUCAAAGCUCGUGAAUCGUUCCUCCGACACGUGGCACAGUCGGAGAAAGAGGAAUCGACCUGGGAGAUUCUGGCUGAUGACGAUGAUGGAGAAGCCAACGAAUUCUCAUUUGUCACAAUUAAUGAGUCCGAUUUGACAGCUUUCCUUGAUCAAAUUCCAAUUUCCGAGUUAUACUCAAUCGCCUAUCUUGCUUUUACCUCCUAUUCCGACAAAGGAUCUCAGUUCACUGCGAUGAUAGCAUUCCAGCUCUUGCUCAUGAAAAUUCUCGACAACGGGUUGACAAGCUAUUCACAGCCCGGGUACAAAAUGUUUUGUAAACAAAUUGGUAUCAGUCUCAAACACAGCGUACGGGAACUUUGCUCCAACUGGCGUUUAAUUCGGGACCAGAUUCGUCCGGGAGAAGAACAGAACCUCCAAAAAGAAGUCGACAGAAUUGUACUACUCGCUCUCAACUAUCUCAUCCAUCGAGACAGUGUCGGUCUAUUCCAAUUUGUCGUCGCACUGCCCUAUGGUGUGGUUUCUGAAGAAUGUCGAAGUCGUUGUGAGUACGCUCUCCGUUCGAAUAAGAAAAUGUCGAUUCACGAGAUCUACGAGACGCCGAUUUGUGAAGUUCGAGCUAGAAUCAGUAGCCAGAGCAUCGCUAAACGUGUGUCAAGUCUUGGAGCACAGGAUUCAGAGUUUCUGAUCAAUUCUCUAGCAUCAAUCGGAUCAUAUUCGAAUGGAGAUGUUGGGCAACUUUUAAAGGAACUUAUAGAUGUUUGUUUCUGCGAACCGGCGACCCGUGACGAUUUCUACAAAUGCGGUGGAGAGGCUAUCGGUCAAAUUCUAACCAAACGACCUGAAACGUUGCACCAGCUGCUUGCCAUCGUUGAUCGUAAUCUCCAACACAUGGAUUCCUAUGCCAUCAAUGUACUCUCAUCAUCCCGCCUAUUCGAAUGCCGUCUCACGGAACCAAUGAUCAGUAUAAUUGGAAAAUGGCUCAUUAACAAUCCACCAGAACAUGGUGCCAAUCGACUCGCUCGGAGAGUACUCUCCGGACUUCAUUGGGGGUUGGGACCUGAUGGACAGAACCUCUGGAUUGAUGUGGAUGUGCACGCGAUAGCUGCGGAUACAGUAGUCAAGGCUCACUCGGUUCAUUGCUCUCGGUCCAAUAGUAUGAUAUCAAAGUCCAUCAGUAAAAUAUCGAAAUUGGCAUCGAAAGUUGGCGACGCCGAGUCAUUGUUCCAACAGUUCUGUUGGGAUCUUCUAGUGAAAUUAAAGUUGCCGACGAUUCCAGUGGAUUUGGUUCAGAACGAUUUGACGGCGCAUUAUGUGAGGAUCGUGCAGAAUUAUGAAGAUGACGUGGUGGUGUAUCUGGAGAAAGCGGUUCCGCUACUUUCGGAUUUGGUGUCGUCUGGUAGUUCGGUAGCAUCUGUUGUGCUUUUAUCUCGUCUGAUUGCUCAGCACUACCAGAAAGUCAAUUUGAUGGCAGCCGACAAGAACUUUAUGGCAACAUUCGAACGACUCCUACACAUCGAUCAGCUCCCUUACGCAGUUCAAUGGCUCAGUGGACCAUCGUCCACGCCGACUCCAAUAGUCAGACUCAUUUGCUCAGCAAUAUCGUACUACUCUGCAAAACUGCCACCUAGAGACUAUCUCCGUGCAUGGAUCACACUUCUAUGUCAAGCGAGAACCGGGUGGAAUGAGGAUGCAGUCACAUAUCAAAUCGUUGGAACUAUUGCCAGAAUUGCAUUCAUCAAUGAUACGCAGAAGCUCUAUGAGAUCACAUCGAUCGUAUUCCAAGCGUACCAACAGCAGAUGGCUGCCGAGAAGAAUCAAUCGAAAGGAAUUCUCGCUUUGUUCUCAUCGGAUAGUUCAGCUUCCCCACUGAUUCCUGAUUCAAUGCUCGCCGUUUCUCCAUUCGCAUCGUAUAUUAUGCUUCGUGUGGAACAGAAAUCAUUCAACCCUUUUUAUGGACACUUUUACGAAACUCUUGGCAAAAAAGACAAGUAUAAUUUGGAUCAUGCUGCCAAGAAGGCGGCUUCAAAAUGCUCUAUGGCGUUGCCUGUAGAGCGACUCGCUGUUUUUCGUUGGGCUAAAUUGGUAAUCGUGUGCAAAGAUAGCGCUCUUCUCCCGAUUAUUUUACAACAAUUAGCGGGCCAGGCGUACCGAUUGAGAAAAGCGAACAACCUAAAUCUAUGUUAUGCGAGGCGUCUUAUCGAUGAACCCCAGAUGCAGGGUGUGAUGGCUGAGUGUCGGAAGGCAAUCGAGGAAACCACAGUUGCAACAAAAGGACUUUCAAAGGCAGUGGUUGGAUGGUUGUUCACUAAACAUGAAGUCACUCGGACUGGCUUUGACUUCUCCGUCUUCGAUCUCGAUUAUCUUCUUCAGCUAAUUCUAGCCGGUGAUAAGAACAUGUGGAUGGAUUUUGUCAAUAUGCCUCAUUUCACAUCAGAAGAGUUUGCGGAACGGAAACUGUACUCUGUCACGUGCCAACUGUCCCCGAAGAAUCGAGAAUCACCGUCACCACCGGAGCUGGGAUCACCGCGAGCUCGUGGCACAGCUAAACCGUUUCCAGUGCUUCCAGUUCAUUCGGGAUUACCGAAAGCGCCUUGUCUCGAUCCGUCGACUAUUUUCCAACAACACGUCGUUCUGCAAAUGGCCGCACCAUUCAUGUCCACCGUUAAAAAUCUUGCAAAGCAGUACACGGAAUGUGGCGAUCGAAUGGAUAUUUAUGACGACGCCUACUGUAAACUCAUCAGAAUACUGUACCAAUCUACGCAGCAGACAGUUCCUGUCGAAAUUCGCUGUUCGUAUUGCUCCAAGCCAAAGCCGUGUACAAUGACCGUGAAACCCAAUGUUCUAAGUCCUGAAAUCGAUGUGAAGAUGAGCCAGAAUCGCCAGAAAAGAAUAGAAUUCUGGAAUGAGUUGAACGCUUCGAUGAUAGACCAGGCGGCUGUGGCUACUGCCAGCAUGGAGCAUCUCUCUCGAUUGGUUUCUAUGAUGGCAGCAGCUCUGGACCCCAGAAAUCGGAAUAGUGUGCAACCAACAGGCCACUCCCUAUUUUAUCUUAUCACUUCGUCUGUGGGAGAAAAUGAGUUACUGUUCAGUGUUGCUUCUGAAUCCUAUAGUCAUUCUCUGAGAGCCUUAGGAGAGGAAUUUGUCAAAUUCCGUCCCGAAGAACAAAUGGACGUCAUGCAACUAGCGCUGAAUGGAUUCGUGCUCUCCGAGCCGCUCGUCGAGGUCUUCACUGCGGAAGUGCUCAAUUCAGACGACUUGUGUACAGCUUACAGGAAACUAUCUGACGCUGUUAGAAUGCCGGAGCGAAGCAAGAUGGCUUUACAACUUUUAGGUGAGCAAUAA